CAAAUUUAAAACAUUUACAGGGGUUUAUAUGCAAAUAAAACAAUCUCCUACCUCAAAUACUCUAUCGCCGGCGAACUUGUCCAAAUCGCCGAUGUCCGCCAAUGCUGAGGUUCCCCACACUCCGCCUCCGAUCCUUCCCUUCUCUUCGCCAAAUCCACUCUUCUCAAACCCUUCUCCGUCGAAUCCCCAAUCCUUCUCUUCAAUCUGCUCCUCCGGAGCUCCUCGAUCGCCUCUGCCGCAUCCUUCUCCUCGAGCGCUUCGACGCCGUAUCCAAACUCAGCUUUUCCUUCUCUGACGACCUCCUUGACUCUGUCCUUGCUCGGCUCCGGCUCGAACCCGUUGCCGCCCUAGGGUUCUUCAGGAUCGCCGCAAAACAACCAUACUUCAGACCUAAUUGCCGUUCUUACUGCAAAAUGAUCCACAUUUUGUCGAAAGGCCGGAUGUUGGAUGAUGCGAGAGCUUGUUUGAAGGAGCUGGUGAGAUUUUUCGGCUCUAAGGAUUCCGUUUCGUUUGUUUUUGAUGAGAUGGUUAGGGUUUACAAAGAGUUCUCUUUCUCGCCAACUGUGUUUGAUAUGCUUCUCAAGGUGUUUGCUGAAAGUGGGUUGAUAAAGCAUGCCCUUCAUGUGUUUGAUAAUAUGGGUAAGUUUGGGCGUAUUCCUAGCUUGAGGUCCUGCAAUAGUUUGUUGAGUUGUUUGGUUAGGAACAAAGAGAGCAGGGUUGCCGUUCAGGUGUAUGAGCAAAUGUCAAGGUUGGGGAUUCUUCCGGAUGUGUUCACUGUUUCCAUUGUGGUGAAUGCUUAUUGCAGGGAUGGAGAAGUUCAAAAGGGGUUGGGUUUUGUGGAGGAGAUGGAAAGGAAGGGUUUUGAAGUGAAUAUUGUGGCUUACCAUGCGCUGAUCAAUGGGUAUUGCAGUGUUGGGGAUAUGGAAGUGGCAUUGAGUCUUUUUAGGCUGAUGGUUGGGAAGGGGAUUUUGCCGAAUGCUGUUAGCUAUACUUUGUUGAUCAAGGGGUAUUGCAAGCAAGGGAAGAUCGCAAAGGCUGAGGAAAUCAUCAAGGAAAUGAAGGAAAUGCCAUGUUUAGCAGCUGAUGAAGUUGCUUAUGGUGUGAUCAUAAAUGCGUAUUGUCAGUUGGGAAAGAUGGAUGAUGCCAUUAGAGUUCGAGAUAACAUGCAGAUUGCUGGACUGAAGCCGAAUAUAUCUGUUUGUAACACCAUUAUCAAUGGGUAUUGCAAGGCUGGGAGAGUUAAAGAAGCAGAAAAAAUUUUGAUUGAGAUGGAAUUUGGGAGUCUUAAACCAGAUUCUUAUAGUUAUCACACUCUGUUAGAUGGAUUCUGCAAGGAAGGCCUCAUGGACAAAGCAUUUGAGACUUGUAAUGUUAUGCUUGAAAGAGGUAUUGAAGUGACAGUUUUAACUUAUAAUACUCUCCUGAAAGGUUUCUGUCUUUUGGGAGCUAUGGAUGAUGCUUUGCAUCUAUGGUUUUUAAUGCUUAAAAGGGGUGUGGCUCCUAAUGAGAUCAGCUCGAGCACCUUGCUAGAUGGGUUUCUCAAGACAGGUGAUUUUGAGAGGGCACUAAAGUUAUGGAGCGAAAUUCUUGCUAGGGGAUUUGCAAAGAAUCAGAUCACAUUUAACACAGCAAUUAAUGGGUUCUGUAAGAUAGGUAGAAUGGGAGAAGCAGAGGCAAUUUUGACCAAGAUGAAGGAUCUGGGUUGCUGUCCUGAUUGUGUGACCUAUAGAACUUUGAUAGAUGGGUAUUGUAAGGCUGGUGAUCUUGAGAAGGCCUUUAGAAUAAGGGACGAGAUGGAGGCAUCAGGAUUUUCACUGUCUUUUGAGAUGAUCAGUUCUCGUAAUGCAAUUCCUGCAACAGGUUAACAAAAUUUGACAUGCUGCAAAAAGGAACCUUCACAAUCCUGACAGUUUGAUUCAAGGCUCAAAGAAGGGAAAGGAAGCGUCUGGGAUUUGAGCGCAUGUGUAUGAGCACCUGUGCUCUGGUUUGUUGAAGAAGGUGAACCAUCAGUUUCUGGAGUGCUUUCUCUGCCUUCUUACCUCAGGACAAUGAGUGCAUCUAGCACGCUACACCGUGGAUGACUGUUGAAGCAAGUCUUUCUUGGUAUUUCACCAUUCACCAUGAGAUCAUCAACUUGUGGACUUCAUUUUCUAGAAUUCACAGUUAUUCCCUUAGAUAUUAACUAUUCUUGGGAUAUAUUGCGGAUGAAGCACCUGUGACCUGGUUGUUAUACUGAAAUUCAAUGAUUGCUGUCAGUUCUUGUCUGGUU